ACCGUUGGCCCGAGAGGGCAGCGUGAGCCAGAGCGCGGGACGCGGACGCGCUGCGAGCUCAGGCAGCACAGGCGGGACCCGCCGCCCCAUCUCUUCCCGACCCGCCCGGCCUCUGCCCAGCUCGGCCUCCACAGCCUCCGUGCGUCUCUCCGGGCACCUGCCAUGGCCACGCCUCGGGGAAUAGUGUCAUUCAAGGACGUGGCUGUGAACUUCACCCGGGAGGAAUGGCAGGACCUGGACGAUGCUCAGAGGACCCUGUACAGGGAUGUGAUGCUGGAGACCUACAGGACCCUGGUGUCCCUGGACAUAACUUUGGUGUCUUUCAAAGCUGUGGCCUCCAGACCGACCUGUUCCUUGAUGAGAGUGAAUAGUGGAUGUUGUAUUAGGAAACCUGAAGUGAUCAUCAGGUUGGAAGCAGGAGCACAGCCAUGGACUGCAGAGAACCCCCAAAAGCAGAGCCUCUCAGGUGAGCAACCUUAUGAAUGUUGGAAGACCUGUAAGAAUUCAACCCUCAAGAAACAUCGGAGAACUGUUACAGGGGAGAAAUCUUAUGAGUAUAAAAAGAGUAUGAAAAGUUUCACCCGGAAGUCAACUUUCAAGAGCCAUCAGCAAACCCCCACAGGUGUAAAACCCUAUAAAAAUAAAAAAUAUAGGAAAACUUUCUUCCAAGAGUCAGCAACCCUCAAGAUACAUCAGCGCACUCAGACUGGAAAGAAACCCUAUGAACGUAAAGAAUGUGGGAAAACUUUUAACAGGAAGUCAUAUCUCAAUAAACAUCAGAAUACUCACACUGGAAAGAAACCCUAUGAAUGUAAAGAAUGUAGGAAAUCCUUCCUGUUGCGGUCAUCUCUUGAGAUACAUCAGAGAAUUCACACAGGAGAGAAACACUAUGAAUGCAAAGAAUGUAGGAAAACCUUCUUGUGGCAGUCAUCCCUGAAGAUACAUCAGAGAAUUCACACAGGAGAGAAACGCUAUGAAUGCAAGGAAUGUAGGAAAACCUUCUUGUGGCGGUCUUCCCUCAAGAUACAUCAGAGAAUUCACACAGGAGAGAAGCGCUAUGAAUGUAAAGAAUGUGGGAAAACUUUCUUGUGGCGGUCAUACCUCAAGAUGCAUCAGAGAAUUCACACAGGAGAGAAAGCCUAUGAAUGUAAAGAAUGUGGGGAAGCCUUUUUCUGGCCGUUUGACCUCAAGAUACAUCAGAGAAUUCACACGGGAGAGAAACGAUAUGAAUGCAAAGAAUGUGGUAAAACCUUCUUGUGGCUGUCAUCCCUCAAGAGACACCAUAGAAUUCACACAGGAGAGAAACGAUAUGAGUGCAAAGAAUGUAGGAAAACCUUCUUGUGGCGGUCAUCCCUCAGGAUACAUCAAAGACAUCACACAGGUAAGAAACACUAUGAAUGUAAAGAAUGUGGUAAAACCUUCUUGUGGCUGUCAUACCUCAAGCUGCAUCAGAGAAUGCAUGCAGGAGAAAAACGAUAUGAGUGUGAAGAAUGUGGGAAAACUUUCUUCUGGCAGUCAUCCCUCAAGAUACAUCAGAGAAUUCACACAGGAGAGAAACGUUAUGAGUGCAAAGAAUGUGGGAAAACAUUCCUGUGGCAGCCAUACCUCAAGAUACAUCAGAGAAUUCACACAGGAGAGAAACCCUAUGAGUGUAAAGAAUGUAGGAAAGCCUUCUUCUGGCCAUUAGACCUCAAGAUACAUCAGAGAACUCACACAGGAGAGAAACCCUAUCAGUGUAAACAAUGUGGGAAAACCUUCUUGUGGGAGUCAUCCCUCAGGAUACAUCAGAGAAAUCACACGGGAGAGAAACGCUAUGAAUGUAAAGAAUGUAGGAAAACUUUCUUUUGGCAAUCAUCCCUCAAGAUACAUCUGAGAAAUCACUCAGGAGAGAAACCCUAUGAAUGUAAAGAAUGUGGGAAAACCUUCAUACGGCCGUUAGACCUUGAGAGACACCAGAGCACUCACACUGGAGAGAAACCCUAUGAAUGUAAAGAAUGUGGGAAAUUCUUCUCGAGGAAGUCGUCCUUCAUGAGACACCAGAGAAUUCACACAGGAGAGAAAUCCCACGAGUGUAAAGAAUGUGGGAAAUCUUACUUUUGCCUAUCAGCACUCAAGAGACACCAGAGUAAUCAUACAGGAGAGAAACCCCAUGAGUGUAAAGAAUGUGGGAAAACUUUCUUCUGGAUGUCAGAUCUCAAGAGACACCAGGGAAUUCACACAGGAGAGAAACCCUAUGAGUGUGAAGAAUGUGGGAGAACUUUCUCCUGGCAGUCAUCCCUCAAGAGACACCAGGGAAUUCACAAGAAAAAAAACUAUGAGUGUGAAGAAUGUGGGAAAACGUUCCUCUGGCAGUCAGCCCUCAAGAAUCACCAGAAAAUUCACACAGGAGAACAAACCCAUGAGUGUGAUGAAUGUAGGAAAACUUUCUUGAGGCACUCAGCCCUUAAGGCACAUCAGAGGAUUCACACAGGAGAGAAACCCUAUGAAUGUGAAGAAUGUACAAAAACUUUCUUCCAGAAAGCACAUCUCACUAACCAUCCCAGAACUGUAACCUUGACUAGCCAAGACUGACCAUUCAUUCACAAUUUCAGUAUUCUUCAGUUUGAUGCAAACUGCAUUCUCCCCAAUACCCCCCUUAACCACGGGUAAUUUAGUUGUGGCAAGGAGAUUUUAAAGAUUUAUUUAUUUAUGCAUACAAGAACUGGGGUUUAGGCCAGAGUAAGAGGAGGCACCAGAGAGAGAGUGGGGAACAGAACAGGUGGACUAACUGAAAAGCACUGCUGAGGAGAGCAGUGGGCGAGACCGGAGAGGCUGCUGGGCCAUGCGGGUAGCUCCCUGGCUGGGAAUCGAUCAUGGCAGAGUGGCUGGUGCUAGCUUGAGAGUGCUGAGACUUAAUCCCUGGGCCACUACGGUGGACCCCAGGCCAGGAAAUUUUAAACACAAGUGUGAACUUGAAUCCAACCAGGUCACUGAAAACUGCCCCGGAUGUCUUUUCAUAUUCUGUGGCCCUGGAGUACAUGUGACUUUAUAGGUUUGUCUUCGGAGCCAAAGGGUGAAGACUGUAUCAAUAUGGAAGGCUUAGGGUUAGAGAUAAGAGUUUUUUGUCUGUAUUUUUGCAAGCCCACACUGCUCUCUGACAUGUUAUGUAGGACUGGUUUUAACUUUUUGGUGAAGGACGAAAGGGCCUCAUUCAUAAUGGGUGUUCACACGCAAGAACGUGACACGCUUCUCCUUUUGCUUGUAGGAAGGAAAGAUGAAGUAGCUUUUAAAUUUGAUAUUAGGUGUGAGUUAGCCAAGGGGACUUGAAUGAAGAAAGAUUAAACUCGAGGCAAAUGUGGACACUCACCUAGAUAUUUAUUAGGACUGGAAUUUGAAAAUGAGUUUUUUAGGAACUUACUGUGUCUCAUGUAAACUUUUCUACCGGGAGGAGUCAAGGAGAUGAAUGUGCUGGCGUAGCAUGACGUACUCAGAGAAGCGAAACGUGUGCCUCGGGUAAUAGCAGGAAUGACAGGGGAUGUGGACAAGACACAACUGGACAUGGACCCGGCUUCCCUGCACACAUGCUUCUGCCAAAACCGCCAUCAGGCUGGGCCUCCCUGGUGGUGGAGGAGUUAAGUCUGAGAGCUAUCAUGCUGCCACCGCUGAGGCCUGAGUUCCAUUCCUGACCAGGGAGCUGACCAGCACGUGGUGCAGCAGACCUCUCCUGUCUCACCUGCUGCUCCCCACUGUAGUAGGUUUCUGUUCUACUCCCCACUCUGUCUCUGGUGAAUCCUCUCACCCCCACCCCACACCUCUGGACUACACCCCAGUUCUUGUAUGCACAAAUAAAUAAAAAUAAGUCUUUCAAAAAAAACACAAAAAACCAACAAAAAAAACCUGCCAUCAGUAGCUUUAUAGAGAACCAUCCCCAAUGUCAUGGUGUCUUCAUGGCUUUGAUCAAGGACAUCCCUCAGCGGUGGAGGAAGUCCUGCAGGGCACCCGCGCUUGUGGAAUUCAUCCCUCAUGCCACAUUCCCUACCAGCCAGAAGCUGCUGACCUUAAGGGUGGUUUUCUGAAGACUCAGUUACAGUGUUUAUCUCUGGCAAGACUGGCACACUUUGGUUCCUGUCCCUGCAACUUUCUGCUCCACUGGCCUAGAAUUCCAGAGGGAGGGAUGCAUCCUCCCAGACACAAGGGUGAUUCCAUCGACCUGGCAGUUCAGGCUGCUGCCCAAUCCCUCCCGGUUCCUCCUGCCUCAAUCAGCAGACCAAGAUGGAGUUGAGCAAUCUGGUGUGACUGACCUGACCACCACUGGCAAAUCGGACAACUGCCCCCCCGUGGGGUAAGGACAGUGUGUCUGUGAUACGGGAGACUCAGGGUUUCUUUUAGAAUGACCGUGCCCUGUGGUAAGAUCCAUGAGAAACUAACAGCCCACUGCUGGCAGCAUGCCCAUGGCCAGACCCUUCAGGAAUGGAGGUUUGGGUUACUACCCCAAGAAACAACAUAAUUGUCUCCUGGGUGUGUGUGUGUGUUUGAGGGGGGCAGUGUUGGAAGCCCCAUGGGAUGAGGGGAGAUUCCUCAAGUCCAAGUGGAGUGAUGAGAAGCCUGCAGGGGCUACACUGGAAGUGUGUGCAGCCAGCCCAAAGGCAGUGUCCUAUUGUGAAACAUCAGGUGCAGAAGUUGGGCGAAUGAGUAGGGAGUGCACAGUGUGGGGAUGGCCGUAGGGGUGUAGCUAUGUUGGAGUGAGCAGGGGCUAUAGCCUGGGGCUCUGUUCUUCCCGCUGGCCAAAGCAUGUUACGUCUGUUCUGUCGUCUGCCUCCUGUUGUCAGCAGGCACCGGUUUCCCGGGAUGUUCCUCAUACCUGGACUUUUGCCCUUGGUGAGAGGCCCCUGCCUGACCCUCCACCUAGCCGACAGGCAGGGACUCUGGUCACCAGGACAAUAACCCUGAGAACGAGGGGGUUUGGGGAUCCCACACAUAGGUGAGGUGCUUGCUGAACGGAAAGGACAUGAUGAACAAGUAGUGGGAAAAGGUAAAAAAGUCAUAAAUACCAAGUAUGACUCCACGACCCCUUACAGAAAUGAGGCCUCCUUGUCCUGAUGAUCUCAUUUUGAUACAAGUAUGUCGUGUGUGUUAUGUGUGUUGUGUGUGUGUAUGUGUGUGUAAAAUAUCUUCGUUUUAUUCCCUCUCUAGCUCAGCAUGUAACAAGAUGUGUUGACUUUAGAUCAUAGUAUUGUUCCUCUGCAUCACAGUAUGAAAGGUGCAGGAUUGCAAGGGAGAGGUGGUAUUGCUCAGGGACAUGCUUAUGCAGCAUGGAUGUGUCAUGCUUGAUGGGAUUGUGACCCUUUCAUUGUCUUUGAAAUUAAGUUUAAGGAGGAGUAUAUGCAGUGACUUCUGAUGACUAAUUUUGUGAUGAUGCUUUUCUGUUACAUUGUCCUAAUUCCUGACCUUUUGGCUUAUGUGGAAUAACCAACUCCAAAGCAAAGGCUUGUAGUUCUUCUAAAAGUUGCUUGGCAUUUAAAUAUUGACUGUUUGAUGUGAUAGGUUGUAGGCACCAAAUGUUCCUCUUUCCUGAAGAUUUUCUAUGUGCCCCAGCAGCAUUUAUUGGGGACUGAGAUCGCCCUGCAGGGACAGCUGGGACAUGAGUCCCUGCACACACCCCAGGGCUCCCUGCCUUGUGUCUCCUUCCCGCAGCGCUACGAGGUCUCAUUCACUGAAUACUUGUAAAGUAUCGUCUUUUUUUAAAAAAAUGUUUUGUUUAUUUUUAUAUAGAAGAACUUUUUGCAUAGAAGAAUGGGGUGUCGGCCAGAUGUGUGGGGGUUAGAGAAUUCUCCAGAGACAGAGUGGGGAACAAGACAGGCAGAUGUACCAAAAUACACUGCUGAGGGGGAGCAGUGGGCGAAACAGGAGAGGUCUGCUCCGCCAUGUGGGUCACCUCCGUGGCCGGAGAGCGAAGUCAGGCCAUAAUGGUUAUAGGGCUGACACUUAACCCCUAGGCCACCAGGGAGGCCUCUGUAAAAUAUUUUCAUAUCCUGCAGAGACGUCCUCCCAGCUGGUUCAUUUAUUUGUUAAGUUUUUUAUUUUUUAAUUUUGUGUUGAACUGGGGCGUAGGCCAGAGGUGGGGGUGGUGGGUGAAAGGAUUCACUAGAAGCAGAGUGGGGAGCAGAACAGGCAGAUUGACUGAAAUCCACUGCUGAGGGGAGCAGCAGGUGAGACGGAGAGCUGCUAUACCAUGUGGGUUGUGUCCCUGGCCAGGAAUCAAACUCAGGCCAUUGAGGUGGGCCUUGGAGGUGGUAGCACUGAGACGUAACCCCUGUGCCACCAGGUUGCCCUCACCUGGUUCAUUUUCAACACUUUGGAAAUGCUUGGACCUUUUCAUUUUCAUAUCCAUUCAGAAUCAGCUUCUGUAUUUACACAAAAAAGAUGCAGAGUUGGGCCUCCCGGGUGGCGCAAGGGUAAGCUCCACACUAUGAAACGGUCCACAGCCUCUGCAGCGUGAGUUCGAUCCCCGGCCUGCCAGGGAGCUACUCACAUGGUGCAGCAGGCCUCUUCUGUCUCGCCCACUGCUCCCCUCAGCAGUGUAUUUCAGUCAGUCUGCCUGUUCUGCUCCCCGCUCUGUCUCUGGUGAAUCCGCUCACAAACACCCGCCCCGCACCUCUGGCCUGUACCCCAGCUCUUGUGUGCAUAAAUAAAUAAAUCUUAAAAAAAAAAAAAAAAGAUGCAGGGCCUCCCUGGUGAUGCAGGUGGUUGAGCACAGCGCUGUGAAGCUGUCCGCAGCCUCUGCAGUGCUGGUUCUCAGUGCAACCCACAUGGCAAGCAGACCUCUCCUGUCUCGCCCGCUGCUCCCCUCAGCAGUGUAUUUCGUCAGUCUACCUGUUCCCUGCUCUGUCUCUGGUGAAUCCUGUCACCCUCCUGCGCAUCUGGCCUGUACCCCGGUUCUUGUAUAAAUACAAUCUUUAAAAAAAAAUUAUUUCCCUUGCUGGGCCUCCCUGGUGGCUCAGGGGUUGUGACGCAGGGGUUGAGAUGCAACCUGUGAAGCUGUCCGCAGCCUCUGCAGCACGAGUUCGAUUCCCGGACAGGGAGAUACCCUCAUGGCACAGCAGACCUGUCCUGACUUGCCCGCUGCUCCCCUCAGCAGUGUAUUUUGGUUAGUCUGCCUGUUCUGCUCCCCGCUCUGUCUCUGGUGAAUCCUCUCACCUCUCUGGCCUGUACCCCAGCUCUUGUAUGCAUAAAUAAAUAAAUAAAUCUUUAAAAAAAAUUUUUCCCUUGCUCUUCACCAUCAUUUAUCACCUAAGUGUGCGUUACUAAAUGUAUGGUUAAAGCAUGGUUUUAAUUCUGUCUAUUCUUUAAAAUCUGAAUAAAUUAAAUCAUAUUUAUUUUACAUCUUGACUCUCAGCAAUAUUUCGGCAAGAUUAAGCCACACUGGAUGCAGCUAGAGCCUAAUUUCCACCGCUGUGUAACUCGCCCAUUCUAUUCCGCGUGCACACGGGGUUAGAGAGGCUAUUUCACGAGUACGGACAGUCUGGUGCAGAUUCUGCUUUAUUUAACACUAACGUGAGUGUUUUCCAGCUCAUUAGACACUACUCAGUUUUUGCUCCUUGCUCUCUUUCAUUUUUGUGCGCCCUGUCAUCUAUUGGGCCGUCCCCUGGGGUUUUCAUUUGGCGUUUCCCAAUCA